CAGUAUGAAGUGAAGUGACGUGUAGCACUGAGGAUAUCUCUAGCGGACGUCUGCAAAAACUUUAUCGAGAGCGAGGAGAGUCUUGCUUCAUCUUUGGAUGUAUGAUUACAGCUUUUUUAUUAUUUAACACCACGAAGCUAAGCUUCAGCUUUGACGAAAGAAGCUUUUCAUCCUUCAACAACACGGCUCCCACCGGUUAGCCUGUUAGCUAACAGGAACUGCUCCAGUCGUUGUGCUGUCUACCUGAAGAGUCCGUCAUGUAAGUCAGAUGUGGUUUUAUCUCCAGAGUCAAACAUGGACGACACUAAGAAGGACUUACCUGGCAGCCCUUGACGUGUUUUUGUCGACUUUCCUGAACCCGCACUGGUUAGCCUGCUAACGUUAGCACGUCGUAGGAGCAGCAGAUACCAGUGAGCUGUCAAAAUGAGCUCUCUGCUCCGAGGAGAGGAGAUGUGUCUGGCCCAGCUGUUUCUGCAGUCUGGGUCCGCAUACGACUGCAUCAGUGAACUGGGAGAACUGGGACUGGUGGAGUUCAGAGACCUCAAUCCCACUGUGAACUCAUUCCAAAGAAAACACGUCAACGAGAUUAAAAAAUGUGAAGAAAUGGAGAGGAUCCUCGGAUACCUUCUGAGGGAAGUGAAGAAAGCGGACAUUUCACUACCUGAGGGAGAUGUGAACCCUGUGGCUCCUUUACCAAAGCAUGUCAUGACUAUAAUGGAGCAGCUGCAGAGGCUUGAAGUGGAGUUAGGAGAAGUCACGAGGAAUAAAGAGAAGCUGCAGAGGAAUCUUCUGGAGCUGACCGAGUACACACACAUGCUGAGAAUCACACGCAACUUUGUACAGAAACCUUCUGAGCGAGAACCCAUCCAAGUGCAGUAUGAAGAGUUUCCAUUCCUAGAAAAAGACACAAUGAUGGACUACAGCAGCAUGCAGAGGCUGGGAGCCAAACUGGGGUUCAUCUCUGGGCUCAUUCAGAGGUCAAAGAUUGAGGCUUUUGAGCGGAUGCUUUGGAGGGUUUGUAAAGGCUACACGAUACUCAGCUAUGCAGAGGUCGAGGAAUAUCUGGAAGAUCCCAGCACGAAUGAGCCGACCAAGAAGGUGGUGUUCCUCAUCUCUUACUGGGGAGACCAAAUUGGUCAGAAAGUGAAGAAGAUCUGCGACUGCUAUCACUGUCACCUGUACCCAUAUCCCAGCAGCAAUGAUGAGAGGAACGACGUUGUAGAAGGACUCAGGACUCGUAUUCAGGACCUGCACACAGUCCUUCACAGGACCGAGGACUACCUGAGGCAGGUCCUGAUAAAGGCCUCAGAGUCCGUCUAUACCUGGGUCAUCCAGGUUAAGAAGAUGAAGGCCAUCUACUACAUCCUGAACCUGUGCAGUUUUGAUGUAACCAACAAGUGUCUGAUCGCCGAGGUCUGGUGUCCUGUAAACGAUAUCCCCACCCUGAGGAGAGCUCUGGAGGAGGGAUCGAGAAAAAGUGGAGCCACGGUUCCUUCGUUUGUCAAUCGUAUCCCCACCACCGACACCCCUCCCACCCUGAUAAGGACAAACAAAUUCACCUCCGGCUUCCAGAAUAUCGUGGACGCCUACGGAGUGGGAAGUUACAGGGAGGUUAACCCUGCUCCUUUUACAAUCAUCACCUUCCCGUUCCUGUUUGCUGUGAUGUUCGGGGAUCUCGGUCAUGGCGUUAUCAUGGCUCUGUUUGCCUUCUGGAUGGUGCUCUAUGAGAAAAACCGCAAACUUAAAAACACCAGGAAUGAGAUCUGGAACACGUUCUUUGAGGGCCGGUAUAUCAUCCUGAUGAUGGGCUUGUUCUCCAUCUACACUGGCCUGAUAUACAACGACUGUUUCUCCAAGUCUCUUAACCUCUUUGGCUCUCGCUGGAGUGUGAAUGCCAUGUUCAAGGCAAAAGUGUGGACGGAAGCAGAUGUCCAAGGGAAUCGGUUUCUCACUCUUGAUCCAAAUGUUACGGAUGUUUUCCAGGGACCUUACCCUCUGGGAAUUGACCCAAUUUGGAACUUGGCAUCAAACCGGCUCACAUUUCUGAACUCCUACAAAAUGAAGAUGUCUGUCAUACUAGGCAUCAUCCAUAUGAGCUUCGGCGUCAUCCUCAGCACUUACAAUCACUUGUACUUUAGGAAGAAGUACAACCUGUACUUGGUGUUUCUCCCCGAGCUGCUGUUCCUGCUGUGUCUGUUCGGCUACCUGGUCUUCAUGAUCUUCUACAAGUGGCUGGCCUUCUCUGCUAAAGACUCCAGACAGGCACCAAGCAUCCUCAUCCAAUUCAUAAACAUGUUCCUCAUGUCAGGGGAUGCCAUGCAGCCCCUCUACCCCGGACAGACCGGCCUGCAGGUUUUUCUAGUGGUCAUUGCUGUCCUCACUGUGCCCGUCUUACUCCUGGGGAAACCCCUCUACCUUUACUGGCUUCACAACGGGAGCCACCGGCUGGGAAUGUACAGGGGAUAUGAGCGCGUACGGCGUAACAGUGAAGAGGAGCUCUACCUGAUGAGAGCUCAUGACAUGGAGGAGGGCAGCAGUCACAGCGACCUCUCUUCCAGUGGAGAGCGACAGGCAGAAGAGUUUGACUUUGCAGACGAGUUCCUGCAUCAGGCCAUCCACACUAUUGAGUACUGCCUUGGUUGCAUCUCAAACACAGCCUCCUACCUCAGGCUCUGGGCUCUGAGUCUGGCACAUGCACAGCUCUCUGAGGUGUUAUGGACGAUGGUGAUGCGAGUAGGACUCCGGAUGAACAGCACCCUGGGAGUUUUAUUCCUGGUACCCGUGUUUGGCCUGUUUGCCGUUCUCACUGUGUCCAUCCUCUUAGUGAUGGAGGGUCUGUCUGCUUUCCUUCACGCUCUCCGGCUCCACUGGGUGGAGUUUCAGAAUAAAUUCUACAGUGGCAGUGGAUUCAAGUUUUGCCCGUUCUCCUUCUCUCUGCUGCCCUCAAGCUUUGAGAACGACGGUUUACUGUGAAAGACUUUCUACUAAUGCUGUCAGGUGGUAAACUGAACCAAUCCAGUGAGCAGCUCGACAUUUAAAACAUAACACCUUGUCUUUUUAAUAUUUUAACAUCUUUUCAAGGAAAGGAGUUGUACGGUGAGCCUUAUGGACUUUGGACUGAAACAUACUGCCUUACCAACGGUUUCAAGAGCUCUUUUUAUACUCAGAUUUCCAAUAUAGCUAAUAAAAUAGCUUGGUUUGGUUGAUUUAUUUUACACUGAAUGGAGCAUUGCCUUCAAUCUACUGUCCUAGUGUACCAUGUUAGAGAUAAUGAAGGCAAAAGAGAGAUGAGGUGUUGGGUUAGCAGAGUUUGACAAGACAAUUUAUCUGUAAAAAUCAAAUGAUAUUUAUGAAGGCUGUCAGUUUUUUCAAUGCUAUACUUUCAGUAGCGUGUUUUCAAGAGAUAUAAAUCUCAGUGGAUGAAGAUGUCACAAAGUGCUUAAGUUAAAAAAAUGCAUUUAUUGUACAAGGCAAGUGCUCAGGAGAGGAGUGAACCUGCCAGAAAGCAAGCAGACUCCUGCAUCCUGUCUAAACUGCACAAAUAUGUUGGCAACCUUUUGCUACCUAAAAGUGAAACAUGUACAAUUAAGGAGUCUGCAGGAAUUUGCAUGCAGUUUUUGAGACUGAAAACAAGAACUGGCAUGACAUGGGCUGCCUAGGACUUUUAUUUUAUUGCCAUGGUAUCGAAGCAGAUAUCAGUAUUGUUUGAAUUUUACUAGUAGCACAUCAAAGUUAAAAAAAUUACGAUGAUCUCCACAAUGACUUCUGUUUUUACUGCAAGGCAACAUCUUUGGUAAUUUCUUGUUUUGAAUCAGGGCUGUGCAAUUAAUCACAAAUGAGAUUAAAUCACAAUAUGGCAUGCUGCAAUUUACUAAUAGCAGACGUUGCAAUAUUGCUUAACUUGAAAUAUGUCAAAAUACAAAUUUAAUACAUUCAUUUUUUUUGCAGCAGGGUUUAAUGCACCUUUUGCAAACAUUCAAGUGUCAUUUUUUUAUAAAAUGGUUCACAAAAAUUGUCCUUUUCGUGCUUUAUGUAUGUUUUUCUUAAUUAAAGUGAGUAACAUAAAAACAAUAAUCCUCGUUCAAUAAAGCAGUUGAUAUCAAAUUUGCAAUAUGAGCAACAAUAAUUGCAAAUAAAUUUUUUUCUUUUACGUUCUGCCCUAGUCCAUUCUAAUAUUGACAAAGCUUACCAUAAGUUCAUGUAAGUCAUAACCCUAGCUGCAAAUCUCAAUACUGGGGGGAAAAAAAAAAAUCACAAUUACAUAAUUUUUGCAAAUCGUUCAGCCUUAUUUUAGUGACCAAAAACUGCAAAUAAACUCCUCCACUCUGUGUAAAUUUCACAAAUAUAUCCGUAACCUUUCAGUAUCUAAACUUUACCGAUGUAUCCGUCACCUCCUCAGCAACAUUAAUGCUGCUUCUUUUUGAGACCCAUAAUAACCUCACAGGCUGGAUAGACUGUUUCAUUUAUCCACUGCAUGGUUAUAUUUCACAUUCAUCUGGGAAAGCUUCCAAACAAAGGGUUUGGGAAGGGCAGAACUUUCAAAAUAAUUCUCAGAAGGUGAUUUGUUCAAUGUCCUGUAUGGUGGGGAUCUGCCUGAUGACAGUUUGGCAAAUCCAUCUGCUUUGCAAGAUUAGACCUCAAAAGGACUUCAGAAAAGUCAGCAUUAACCAAUCAGUGAAUGUUAUUUGCCCCCUUGCUUUCUUUUGUUGCAUUUUUGGUAGACAUUUUGAACGCCUCCACACUUUUGAUUAACGCUGACUAGGCUAUCAAAUAAACUACAUCUAUUAAACCCAUCAGCAGUGACAAGCAAACUUAUACACACUAGCCCAGCAGCCUUUUUUACUUCUGGUGGAGUAAUAGAGGCUUAAAGGAGCUGAAAUUGCACUGUGAGAUCAGGAUUAUUUUGGCACUUGCAUGUCCAAAAAUUCCCUGUGCAUUCGUACAAUUUGAACAUUUUGGAGUUUGUUUUUAAUUUCCUGCUGAUUGAAAACAAGACAUUGCCCACGACUGGGUCCCAAGACUUUGAUUCCUACAGCCAAUUUAGAGUCCCCAGUUAACUUGGCAAGCAUGUUUUUGUUGGUGUGAGGAAGCCGGAGUACCCUGAGAGAACCCACGCAUGCAUGGGGAGAACAUGCAAACUCGGCACAGAAAAAUCCUCAGAAAGGCCCUGACUAGGGACCUUCUUGCUCUGAGGCCCAUGUAGCCCAUGCCACAACCAAUAAAGUAGAAAUCCUAGGCGCCCAAUGUUGAUUUAUUUCUUGUUUCAGUUCAUCAAAAAAUGCAAAAUCCUGCACAUUGCCUAGAUUGCCUAAAAGCUUUUUCAGUGUUUAUACUCUAAAACAUUGCCAGUGUAUUCAUGCAGUUUAGGCAGUGUCACCCUCUCUUCUCUCCUCCUAUGUAAAAGACACAAAUGUAACUUUGCAUCUUUAUGAGGCCGUAACAGGAUUUAAGAAGCUUCAGCAGCAGCCAGCUUGUGAAAUCAAGUAGACCAUUAAUGCUCUUUUUCUCUUGUUGCAGGGUUGGGUUAAAAAUCUGAAAGAAAAUCUGUUGGUAAAUUUUUUUGUACUUUUAGAUACUCUCUAUCUUGAGGCAUCAUUUUAAAACAUGUUGUUUUAAAGCACUGAAGAUUCAAAGACUUUAACCCUCUUCCCACCAUUGCUGUCAGCUGAAACAAGGAAGAACGUUUUGUCUUGAAUCUUUUUACACAUCUUUGAAGCAGCAUGAAGGCGGCUAAGAGCACAGACUGUACAGGCUGUUUAUGGGGAUAUUACUGCAUUUGUUUUCGCAAAUUCAAAAGGUAUUUUGCACCAAAACCGGUAUGCUACACUGCACAAUGUUGUCUGAGACUUGACUUAGUAGUAACUCAUGUCCACAAUUGAUUUUCCAAUGAUGCAUUUAUUGGUAGCAGAUCUCGGAUAGCAACAUCCUGAGGAAUCAGGAAAUGUUUAAGAUUUUCAGCCACUUAAGCUGCAUGUGUUUUACAUAGAAAUUGACACAUUGUCAUGGGAAACUAGCUUUCUUAUCCCAAGAUUAAAAGCUAAAUAAGUCAAGAACUUGAGGAUACAAACUAACUGUACUUAUUACCCCAAAAUGUAGUGCAUAUACAUGGAAAAAUGUCCACCUCGAGCUUUCAGGCACACAUUAAAAUGGUUAAAAACCAGACAAAGAUAAGCUGUUUAAGAUGUUUAUAAAUAAUAAGAACAUGGAUUACACCAAUAUUUUGAUACACAUACUAAAGGUGCUUUGAAUUGUAAUGAACAGAUUUAAGGUCUAUGUCUUUUCAUGGAAAUGGAUGGCCUGCUGACUGGUGGUUAUACACCUCUGUGAGGUGAACAUUGGCCGGACAGUGACAGAAAGGUGGUCAAGAAGAAAUGGUUUCUGGUCUUGAUUUCCCCAGUUCAUCUUUGAGUCAGGGCAGGCUUUAGUGCAAAGUUUGAUAAAAAUCCCUCAGUGUUCUAAAGGUAUUUCACCUAUGACCUUCAAGAUCUAAUCGAUUCAUCCUCAAGUCAUAGUGGAUGCUAGUGCAAAGUCCCCUCAAUGCAUUCUUAAGCUGUUGCUUUCAUAAGCAAGGGAUGAACAUUAGACUCAAUCGAGUUUCCCCUGACCCACAACCGCAUAAUCUUAUCAGCUCAUCCUUUAGUCGAGGUGGAUACAUGCAAAGUUUGAUUUUAAAAAAAAUCCCAUUAGGUAGUCUAUUAAGCAAGUGAUUAACAUGAGGCCCAAAGACCUUGACUUUUUUCCUAGAUCCUCCAAAAUCUAACCAGUUCAUCACUGAGUCGGAGUGGACAUCAGUGCAAAAUUGAAAGAAAAUACCCAGAGGAAUUCUUCCCUUUGAUUUAACAUCAAAGGGUGAACAAUGGACCGGUUGGCAUUUUUCUCUUACCUCCGAUAUCUAAUGAUGAGGUCCUUAAGUUAGAGUGAAUAUAUGUGCAAUCUCUCACAUCAUUCAUAAGAUAACUGUUUCAUAAGCAAGGGAUGAAACUUGGACCCAGUUGACCCACGACCCUAUAAUCUGAUCAGUUCUUUCUUGAGUCAGAUUGGACAUUUGUGCGAAGUUUGACGUAAAUCCGCCAUAGUAUUCUUCAGAUAUUGCUUACAAAUGCAAGGGAUUACCAUUUGCGUUGUGAGUUGUCCUCUGGCACAUAACUUCAUUACCGGAUUAUUUAGUCCUGUCGUCAGAAUGGACAUUUGUGCAAAGUUUGAAGACAAUCCUUCAAAGCAUUCUGGAGAUGAUGCUUUCACGUGAAAGGGAUGGACAGUAGACCCACUGAGAUUGUUCUUAAAACAUCCAAGUCUUAUGAGUAUAUCCUCCAUUCAGAGUGGACAUUUGUGCCAAGUUUGAGGAAAAUCCCUUACAGAAUUCUUCAGAUUUUACUUCCAAAGGCAAGAUUGUAACCUUGCAAAACAGAUGGUACGCCCGUUUCCGUGUUUCUCAGUGGCGAAAGCUCUCGUCUGAACCGCUUGGGCCGGGUCAGAACCUGACAGGACCAAUCAGGGUUGAGGGGCAGCGGAGUUGUGACAUAAGCUGGGAAUGACAAGAGGCCGGUGUAGUUAUGGCGGAAGACAUUAGCGUGGAUGUUGCUAAAUCUUCAGUUUU